AUGCACCAAUGGAAAGCGGAGAUGGCGAGGCAAUGUGAUGCCUUGAUAGCGUUGCCAGGUGGAUAUGGAACACUGGAAGAGCUAUUUCAAGUGAUCACAUGGGCACAGUUAGGCAUCCAUCAUAAGCCGAUUGGCUUGUUGAACGUUGAUGGCUAUUACAACACCCUGCUGGCAUUCAUCGACCAGACCAUGGAGGAAGGCUUCGUCAGCCACAGCGCCCGCCAAAUUGUUGUCCAUGCUCCCAACGCACAAGAGCUCAUUGAGAAACUUGAGAACUACGUCCCGUACAAUGACAUAGUUCUCGCCGAGCUCAACUGGAAGACGGAGAUUGUCAGUGAUCCAGGUGACGUCUCUAGAAUAAUCGGCAUUGGCACAGAUGAGAUUUCGCCGCCUCUGGAGGGACCGUCGCCGCCUUUACCUUCGAUAAAAGAGAACAAUGACCUUCCAACUACAGAUGAAACCCACGCUAAUCCAGUGGUGGGAGGAGACGUCAUACUAUCUCCCAAGUAG